ACCGGAGCGUGGUAAACUGGUGGACCUAUCCGUCACGCCUUCCCUUUUGUUGACUGCCGCUUCGGAUCCCGCGAGAUUUUCAUUGGCGCGAAGUCUCGACAAAAUCGUUUUACGGACGAGAGGAAGCAGGGAAAAGCAUGGCGAGAUCCAGGAGUUCGACGAGAGGCGAAAGUUUUAGGGCGAAUCAUCAUUGCUCCGAUGUCCCCAAGGAUAUCAACAGCUCGCGCGGACUUCUCAUUGAAAAGAAGAUCGAAUUUCUUGAAAGCUUUGCUGCCAAGAUUAGCAACCGUCGAUUUUCGAAAUGGUUGAAUGACCAUUUGUUAAUGGAGCUUGUUCCUCCAUUGAAUGCGGAAGAAAUUAGAGGACUGUUUGCUCCACCUCCAUGGGGUGAAAGCACACCAUUAUCACCAUUUUGUUUGACAAAUGUUGGAGAAUGGGAUCGAUUCCGAAACAUUGACAUGGAUGAAGAGGCAAGAGCAAUAGCUGCCCUUGAUAUUCCAGUGGUACAAAGAAAAGAUAACUUUGUAUCCGGCAAGAUGGAUACUUUAAGGGCUUGGCACAGAGUUGAUCAUCGUUCAAGGGUGGCACUGCGACAGAACUUCCACUUGAAACUUGUUGAAGCCUAUGAGGAACUAAUACAUGCUUUUGUUAAGGAGAGCAACAAUGGGGUUCUUGAGCUACAUGUUCAAGAUCCUUUUCAUCGUCUGCUACUUCAUGGUGUUUGUGAGUUCUACAAUGUUGUAGGCGUAACUGUAACCAGAUCAGAAGAUACAGAUAAUCCAAAAGCGAUUUCAAAGAUUAUGCAGAUUAAGAAGAAAUCAGGCUGUCAGGACUUCCCUCCCAUAAAGCUUGUUCAGUUUCUGAGGAUGGCUAGGGGAGAAUUCAACGGGGAAGCUUCUCCACUUGCGCGAAGCUUGUGACCUUAAAAACUCGGAUAUGAAUAACCGUAUAGUGUAAAAACUUGCAGUAAUGUAUCAGAAGGGUCCUCAUGUCUGGGCCUAUAAAGGAUUGUAUCCUCUGUACAUUAAUCUAAUCAUAAUUUCAACGAA